CGAAAUUGAGAUUAUAAGCCCGUGGCACCCUCUACCAUCAGCGCGCACGUUAAAAACCGUGCGCCGAUUCAUCAUCCUCAACAGACACAGCAAUGAGCGAGCAAUUCUCCAAAACUAGAAAACCAAAAUCACCAGAAACCAAAUCACUAUCUGCAAUGGCGCGAAAAUCCUCUCUUCUCAAACAGACCCUAAUUUUCUCAAUUUGCUUGAUCCUCGCUCUCUACGCUGUCUUCAACACUUUCUUCAAUCCAACUACCUCUUCUUUACUAUACCCUUCUCCAGAGGAUAACAGUCUGUCCGGUUUUCCCGGGAAAGUGACAGAAAACAACGACAACAACAACAUAAACAAGGUAAAGAUUUUCAUGUAUGAUCUACCUAAAAAGUUCACCACUGGUAUAAUCCAGCAACACGCGCUGGCGCGUGGGUCUAAAGACACGUCGAAUGUGAAGUACCCAGGCCACCAGCACAUGGGUGAGUGGUACUUGUUUUCGGAUCUGAACCGACCCGAACACGGGAGAAUCGGGUCACCCGUAGUUAAAGUGGAUGACCCAGAUGAGGCUGACUUGUUUUAUGUUCCUGUGUUUUCUUCUUUAAGUUUAAUAGUGAACCCUGUUCGACCGGCGGGAACCGAGCCAGGUUUGGUUCAACAUUAUAGUGAUGAGGAGAUGCAGGAGCAGUUGGUGGAGUGGUUAGAGCAACAGGAGUAUUGGAAAAGGAAUAAUGGGAGAGACCAUGUGAUUAUAGCUGGUGAUCCGAAUGCGCUUUACCGGGUGUUGGAUCGGGUCAAGAAUGCUAUUUUACUGCUGUCGGAUUUUGGACGGGUUAGACCCGACCAAGGGUCGCUAGUGAAAGAUAUUAUAGUGCCUUAUUCUCAUAGAAUUAAUGUUUAUAAUGGUGAUAUUGGUGUUAGGGAUCGAAAUACAUUGUUGUUUUUCAUGGGAAAUCGUUAUCGGAAAGAUGGAGGUAAAAUUCGUGAUUUGCUAUUCCAAAUGCUCGAAUCGGAAGAAGAUGUUGUGAUAAAACAUGGAACUCAAUCAAGGGAGAAUCGACGAGCAGCUUCACGCGGAAUGCAUACAUCAAAGUUUUGUUUAAAUCCUGCUGGUGAUACUCCAUCAGCUUGCAGACUUUUUGAUUCUAUUGUUAGCUUGUGUGUUCCCGUAAUAGUCAGUGACAGUAUUGAGUUGCCUUUUGAAGAUGUCAUAGAUUAUACAAAGAUUGCAAUCUUCGUAGAGACAACUGAUUCUUUAAAGCCAGGAUAUUUAGUUAAAUUGCUCAGGGAAGUAACCUCCGAGAGGAUUCUGGAAUAUCAGAAAGAGCUGAAAAAGGUGACCCGGUACUUUGAGUAUGACAAUUCAAACGGAACUGUGAAUGAAAUAUGGCGCCAAGUUGCACAGAAGUUACCGCUCAUAAGAUUAAUGACUAAUCGCGAUAGAAGGCUUGUUAAGAGGGACUGGAGUCAACCAGAUUGUUCUUGUUUAUGUACAAAUCAGACUGGGCUAAUCAUCUCCCUAUGAUGCCAACUUUAUUCAUAGUAUUGGAAGAUGACGCCCGCAAAACUUAGCACGGAGCUCUUAUUAAAUCUGUGGGAGAAGACUUUUUCUCUGUCUUGAAGAACAGGAAACGUUAUCGCAUAGUUGUUAUUUAUUGGAAAAGAUGGAAGGCUCUCCUGCUUCUUCCAUAGGUGGGUUUGAGCACAUUUGCCUCAGAGGUGGAGAUUGUCCCAUUCAAAGGUUUCUUGCAUACUUUGUUGUUGUAUGCUAUAUAAAGCACAUAAUCAGCAGUUGAAAGAUUCAGCCUCUAGCUGUUGUUAUCAUUCGUUUGUACAUGUUAAAGAAUAAAAUUUGUCCAUUUUAUAAUUGAUUCUUGUAGUUAUUUGGAUCCAA